UUUGCUCCAUUAUUGCGCGCGUGAGUCCGUCCGAUUACUAACGAGCUCUAGCUAGUAAUUAUAAUUCCAUACCAUGCCGAUAUGCUGCUGAUAGUCGAAUCGAAUUCAGAACUGGAGAGGUCUGCGUGCGAAAGGUGGUUCGACUGUGUUUUCUGGGCGCGGAAGGUUCAAUUAGGGUUCGGUUGCUCCUUUCAAGCUUCGAGGACGCUUAAACCCGGAGCACGCCGUAGCUGGAGCGCAAACCUCACCACUCGAUCGGAGCUCUCUCCAUGCGAUAUCGCGUCUGAGGAGAAACGCAGUGUAUUGUGCGGGAGAGAAUGCAGCCAGCUGCGGCCCAAGCUCCGCCACCGAGUGGCAGCGGCCAGGCGACUGCUCCUGCUGCUUCGAGGGACUCGCCCGGCAGCAUGAAUGGUUCGACAGCCGAAAAUAAUACCCAGACAAACUUCGCUAAUUCGUUGGUCUCUGCUGCUCCCGCUCCUUCUUUCUCUUACGGCGUGCUUGCAAAUGCCAAUGCUGCAUCUCCGGCAACGAAUUCAUCAAGCACUAUUCCACAUGAUAUUAGUAGUUCUAAGCCAGAAGCAUUGCCUGGUCCUCCUCAAAGCACUGCAGCACCCAUGCCCUUGACUUCUUUUAUGGGCACAACACCUCUCUGGCCAUCAGGUCCCCAACCAUUUGCUGCACCUCGUGGAAUGCUGGGUCCAACUGGGCCACUUGGUCCUCCUGGAUUAGCCUCGUCAGCACCAGUAUCAACCUCUAGUGCAACCUUUCCUUCGGUAGCAUCUGAUUCUUCCUCUUCUGUGAGACCCAAUAUGGCAGGUGGCCCUGUUUCGUCUACUCCAGCUGUUCAGCAGCAAGUAUAUUCUCCCUAUCCUUCUUUACCUCCUAUUGCAGCUAAUCCUCAAGGACUAUGGUUGCAGCCUCCUCCUCAGAUGAGUGGUAUGGCAAGGCCACCUUUUAUGCAAUAUCCUGCCGUCUUUCCUGGUCCCUUCCCCUUUCCAGCACAUGGUAUGCCUCAACCUAUACAAUUGCCAGUCCCAAGACCACCUGUUAUUACUCCAUUGGGACCAACCAGUGGAGUAACUUUGUCUUCUGCUCCAGGCAAUCAGUUUACUGGUAAUUCGAACACGCAGGCAGAAAAAAAUCCUCCUCCAGUUGAUCACAAUAAACAUGUCAAUGAUAUCAACACAAAAGAUGGAGAGACUCCUUCUCACCUAGAUGCCUGGACAGCUCACAGGACUGAGUCUGGAACUGUCUAUUACUAUAAUGCUUUGACCGGAGAAUCAACUUAUGAAAGACCUGCGGGUUUCAAGGGAGAGCAGCCGGAUGAUGUUGCCUUGCAACCAACUCCUGUUUCUACGGAGAAAGUAGUUGGUUCUGAUUGGGAAAUCGUCACAAUGAAUGAUGGCAGGAAAUAUUACUACAAUAACAAAACUAAGAUAAGCAGCUGGCAGAUCCCGACAGAGGUCAGCGAGUUGGGAAAGAAGCAGGAGGACAGUCUGUCUAGGGAGAACCCAGUUGUGACAGCUAAUGCUAAUCCAGAGGAAAAAGGGUCUCAUUUUAUCAAUUUGAGUGCUCCUGCACUUAACACAGGUGGUCGUGAUGCCAUAUCACUUAGGGCCUCUACUGUGGCAGCACCAUCAUCCUCGUCUGCUCUGGACUUGGUUAAAAAAAAGUUACAGGAGUCGGGAGCUCCUGGUAAUUCAUCACCUGUUCCGGUUUCUCCUGGAACGACCCUUUCGGAAUCAAAUGGGUUGAGAUCAAAUGAAGCAACUGGGAAGGUCGUCCAGAGUGAAAGCAAUAAGGAGAAGCCAAAAGAUGCCAAUGGAAAUGGGAAUUUCUCUGACUCUUCCUCCGAUUCUGAGGAUGCAGAUAGUGGACCAACAAAAGAGGAGUGCAUUCGCCAAUUUAAGGAGAUGCUAAAGGAACGGGGAGUAGCACCUUUUUCAAAAUGGGAGAAGGAACUUCCGAAGCUAGUGGUUGACCCACGUUUUAAGGCUAUUCCAAGUUAUUCUGCCAGAAGAUCCUUGUUUGAGCACUACGUAAAAACGCGUGCUGAGGAGGAGCGCAAGGAAAAGAAAGCAGCUCAGAAAGCUGCUAUUGAAGGAUUUAAGCAGCUGCUAGAUGAGGCAUCAGAGGGCAUUGAUGCUUCUACUGACUACCACACUUUCAGAAAGAAAUGGGGCAAUGAUCCACGAUUUGAAGCCUUGGACCGUAAAGAUCGAGAGAGUUUAUUGAACGAGAGGGUCAUGCCUCUAAGAAAAGCUGCUGAAGAAAAGGCUCGAGCAUUACGUGCUGCAGCAACCUCCAGUUUUAAGUCCUUGCUUCGAGAUAAAGGGGAUAUUACUGUCAAUUCUCGUUGGUACCGGGUGAAGGAUAAUUUAAGAGAUGACCCAAGAUAUAGAACGGUUAACCAAGAAGAUAGGGAGAUCUUAUUUAAUGAAUACAUUGCUGAACUCAAGGCUGCACAACACAAGGAAGAGCAAGAGGCUAAAGCCAAACGAGACGAGCAGGACAAACUUAAGGAAAGAGAGAGGGAGUUGCGGAAAAGGAAAGAGAGGGAAGAGCAAGAAAUGGAGAGGGUGCGGUUGAAAGUCCGCAGGAAGGAAGCAGUUGCAUCUUUUCAAGCUCUGUUAGUUGAAAUGAUUAAAGAUCCUCAGGUAGCUUCUUGGAUGGAAUCAAGAGCUAAAUUGGAGAAGGAUCCUCAACGACGUGCUACAAAUCCGGAUUUGGAUCCAACUGAGACAGAGAAGCUCUUUCGGGAACAUGUAAAGAUGCUACAUGAGAGAUGUGCCCACGAGUUCAAAGCUCUUCUAUCCGAGUCUAUAACCCCAGAAGCAGCAUCUUCCCAGGAGACAGAAGAUGGGAAAACCGUUCUUAACUCGUGGUCCACUGCGAAGCGCCUCCUUAAACUCGAUCCGAGGUACAACAAAAUGCCCCGAAAAGAGCGAGAAGCCCUGUGGCACCGACAUGUGGAUGAUCUAUUGAGGAAGCAGAAGUCAGGUUAUGAUAAUGAAAGGGAAGAGAGGAUUUCUGAUCCAAAGGGCAGAGGAUUAGGCGAUUCAGGGAAAUCACAGAGCGACUCGAGGAGAAAACGUGAUCGGGGAUAAAUGUAGUUCUCUUCUGCGGGAGACAUGUAGGGUUUACUAAAAAUUGCCCGACCUCUGAGCUUUUAUGCAAUUAUUUCGGGACAUGAUCAAGCUUCGAUUUUGCUAUCUGACAUUCCUUCUGAAUGCAAUAUUGUAUAUUAUCCAUUAGAGUUGCAGAUUAUUUAUGGAAAAAUAAAUAGAUCACAAAUUGCCAUAGA